AUGGGGACGAGGGGGGGUCCCCGGGAUCUUUCCCGGACCCCCAGCACCACCAGCACGGGGGGGGGCGCCCCCCAGACCCCCCCUUUCCCUUACCCGGACAAGGAGGAAGAGGAGGAGGAGCCCCCCCCCCACCACCACCCACCACCAACCCCCCCCCGGCGAUUUUUGGCUGGGGACCCCCCCCCCACCCCCCGUUACCGCCGCCCCCCCCUCUCCGAGGGCCCCCCCGAUGCCUCAGGAACCUCCCCCGCGCCCCCCCCCGCCCCCAGCCCCCCCCAUUUCUUCGGGGGUCUCCUUUCCAAAGAGCACCCCCGCCCCUCCCCCCACCCCCCCCCCUCGCACCCCCGAGCCCCCUCCCCCGCCUUUACCCCCCCCCUCCCCCGCCCUCCACCGACCCCCCCGGGGGUCCCCCACCCCGCCUGUUCGAUUUCGGGGCCCCCCCCCUUGGACGAUCAAUUCGAGGAGCCCCCCCGAAUUUGCCAAAAUCUUGCCCGACGGCCUGGCCAACAUCAUGAAGAUGUUGGACGAAGUCCAUCCGGCAGGAGGAGGAUGAGGGGGGGGUCACCCCUCCCCCCGCCCCCUCCCCCACCCCCCCCCACCCCCCCCCACCCGCUCCCCCCCCUCCUGGCCCGCCCCAAAGCCCCCCCUUUCGGCGCCCCCCCGGGCCACGGCGACCCCCCGGACCCCCCCCGCCUUUACCCCUUCGGCAAACGGGACGACCCCAAAACCUCCCCUUUUUACCCCAAACCUCCCCCUGCCGAAAAACCCUCCGGAGGGGGAGGGGGAGGGGGCGGGGGGAACGGCGGCACCCCCCAAACCCACCCCCCCUUCCCCGCGGCCCCCCCACGCCCCCCCCCAACUCGCUACCUCAGCCCCGGGCUGGGGCCCCCCCGCGCUGGCCGUGCCCCCCCCGGGCCGCAGCGAGUCGGAGGCGCUGGAGGAGAUCAGCCGCGCUUGCGAGACCCUGGCCGAGCAAGCCGGCCGGCCCAGCCCCCCCUCUCCCCGGACACCCCCCCCCAAAUUAGGGCUGGGGGGCGGCCGCCGGCACCGCCGCCCCCCCUCACGGCACCGGGAUCUCCGCCGGGGACCCCCGCGGCGCCGGCACCCCCGGAAAGAGGAGCGGGAACAACAACAACAACAGCAACAACAACAGCCGGGAGCAGCAACAGCGCGACCGCCCCGUGCUGGCCACGCUGGACCUGCAGAGCCCCGGCGUGCAGGAGAAAGGGGGACCCCCCCCCAGGCUGGAAACGAAAGGGGGGGGGUCCCCCAACAACAGCAACGCCGCCGCCCCCCACCCCGGCUCCCCCCGCCGCGGGACCCCCGCCCGCCUUCGUCAGCUCGGCCGACCUGCUGAAGCUGCGCUCGCUGGGCGAGGGGCCCCCCAAAGAGCUCAAGAUCCGCCUGAUCAAGGUGGAGAGCGGCGCCCGGGGGGCCCGGGGGGAUCCCCGGGCUCGGGGGGGGGACCCGGGGGUGACGCUUUGGUGGCCUCGGAGGUGGCCCGAGCCCCGGGGGCUGCCCCUGGCUCAGCUGACGAUCCGGCACAGCGCUGCCGAGGUGGUGCGGGCCAGCAAGCAGGCGCGGCUGAAGGGGCCGUUCCGCGAGUCCUACCUGUGCCCCGCGCAGUCGGUGAAGCCGCGCAUCGACGCGCGCGAGCAGCUGCCCCGCGACAAGCUGAACCCGCCCACGCCCAGCAUCUACCUGGAGAGCAAACGCGACGCCUUCUCGCCCGUGCUGCUGCAGUUCUGCACCGACCCCAAGAACCCCAUCACCGUCAUCCGGGGCCUGGCGGGGUCCCUGCGCCUCAACCUGGGUUUGUUCAGCACCAAGACCCUGGUGGAGGCCAGCGGCGAGCACGCGGUCGAGGUGCGCACGCAGGUGCAGCAGCCCUCGGACCAGAACUGGGACCUGUCGGGGACGCGCCAGGUGUGGCCCUGCGAGAGCAGCCGCUCGCACACCACCAUCGCCAAGUACGCCCAGUACCAGGCCUCCUCCUUCCAGGAGUCCCUGCAGGAGGACAAGGACAGCGAGGACGAGGAGGCCGAGGAGCCCGACAGCACCACCGAGACCCCGCCCAGCCCCCCCGACCAGAAAUCCCACCAGAUCAUCAAGUUCGGGACCAACAUCGACCUGUCGGACGCCAAGAGGUGGAAGCCGCAGCUGCAGGAGCUGCUGAAGCUGCCGGCGUUCAUGCGCGUCUCCUCCACGGGGAACAUGCUGAGCCACGUGGGCCACACCAUCCUGGGCAUGAACACCGUGCAGCUCUACAUGAAAGUGCCCGGCAGCCGCACCCCCGGCCACCAGGAGAACAACAACUUCUGCUCGGUGAACAUCAACAUCGGCCCCGGCGACUGCGAGUGGUUCGCGGUGCACGAGCACUACUGGGAGACCAUCUCCGCCUUCUGCGACAGGCACGGCGUGGACUACCUGACGGGCUCGUGGUGGCCCAUCCUGGAGGACCUGUACCGCUCCAACAUCCCGGUGUACCGGUUCGUGCAGCGCCCCGGCGACCUGGUGUGGAUCAACGCCGGCACCGUGCACUGGGUGCAGGCCACGGGCUGGUGCAACAACAUCGCCUGGAACGUGGGGCCGCUCACCGCGUACCAGUACCAGCUGGCCCUGGAGCGCUACGAGUGGAACGAGGUGAAGAACGUCAAGUCCAUCGUGCCCAUGAUCCACGUGUCCUGGAACGUGGCCAGGACCGUCAAGAUCAGCGACCCCGACCUCUACAAGAUGAUCAAGUACUGCCUGCUGCAGUCCAUCAAGCACUGCCAGGUGCAGCGCGAGAGCCUGGUGCGCGCGGGGAAGAAGAUCGCCUACCAGGGCCGCGUCAAGGACGAGCCGGCCUACUACUGCAACGAGUGUGACGUGGAGGUGUUCAACAUCCUGUUUGUGACGAGCGAGACGGGCGGGCGCAACACGUACCUGGUGCACUGCGAGGGCUGCGCGCGGCGCCGCGGGGGCGGCCUGGCCGGCGUCAUCGUCCUCGAGCAGUACAAGACCGAGGAGCUGAUGCAGAUCUACGACGGCUUCACCCUGGUGACGCCGCCGACCCCCAGAUGAGUCCAGGCCCCCCCACGGCGGGGGAGGGGCCAGGGGGGGCCAGGGGGGUCCCCCCGCCCCUCCCCCCACCACGAACACUUUUUAUUUAUUCCCGGAGAAAUCGCCCCAAAAAUCGUCUGGACGGACAGGACGCCCCUCCCCCACGGCGGGGGGAGGGGCUGCGGGUGGAAAAGCUCCGAUUUUAUACAAAACUCCCGAUUUCUAGGAAUUUACAAAGCCCCUCCCCCGCCGCCCCUCCCCCCGCGGUGGGGGAUGGGGGGGGGUCUCUCCGCUGCCCCUCCCCCACCCCCACAUUUUGGGGGGCUGUGAACUCAGAGGGGGGUUGGGGGGAGGGGAGGCUCCACUCCGGCCCCUCCCCCCCCUCACUUUUGGGGGGGGGUUUGUGCCCCUCCCCCAACACAAAGGGGAGCCUGGGGGGGGUCCCCGCCCCCUCCCCUCAGCAUUAAGGGGGGGAGGGGCUGGGGGGAGGGGCACUUUCUUUGGGGGGGGUUCAGCCCCUUGCCAAGAUUCAACCAAAAACUCGCCCCGCCCCCACAACCAGCCGCCCCUCCCCCCCAUACGGGUCCGGGCCGGGGGGAGGGGCACGGGGAGGGGGGAGGGGCAGGAUUUUUUUUGGGGGGGGGUUCCCCCCCUCCGCCCCUCCCCCCUCGCGGGGUGGGGCUCAGGUCUCUACAGGGGGGGAGGGGCUCCCCCCCAAACCAUGGUGCAAAGGGGGGAGGGGCCUGUGCUACCCCCCUCCCCCCCAAAAGGGGGGGCGGCAGGAGCCCCCCCGCGGGGGGAGGGGCCUUGGGGUGCCCCUCCCCCCCUUCCCCGAGCCUCGUUUUGGGUUUUUUGCUUUUAUUUUUCAUUUGUUUAUUUUUUUUGUAAAUGAUUUUUUUUGUUGU